GUACGGUCGUCGCUGUAGUUCGUCAGUUUAAAGUACCACCGACCCUAGAAUAUCAACGAACAGCGAUUUUUUACGAACGAAGGCAUUCGAUAUUUGAAUGUUACUUUUUUAAAAAUAGGUGUUUUAAGUGUCGAGGGAUUUGACGAACUAUUUUAUGUGAUAAGUGUUUUAUAGUGUGCAGUGUUGUGCGCUUUGAACGUAUAGGAGUCCCGUUGGCCGGCGCGAUUAUUUUACCAAGUACCUACCUACCUUGGUUGCUUGCGGGAGAAAUCCAUAGACAAAUUAAAGAUUACAUGAAACAUGAGAAUGUUUACAAUGCGGCGAGUCGUGUGCACAAACAGCCUUCAGACAUUUUUGGGAUGACACACUGAGCUAAUAUGUCGCAGUCGGCACUGGGCUUGGGCGGAGAGCGGCGCUACUCCGUGCCCGCUCACCCAAUGAUGCAUGACCCUCGCGGCAUGCACUCUGAAGAUCUGCAUGCCUGGUCUAUAUACCGGCAAAAUCUGAAUUCUGACUUUACUGACAGUGCGCUUGGUAGCACCGAUAAGAGUCCUCUGCCAUAUGGAAACUUCCAACUUCGCGACACCACCGUUCAAUCAAUUCUUUCACACCCUAGAUAUGGACCUAAAUCAGCACUCGGUUCUAAUAUGUACACGUACCUUAAAUUCGGCCUACCUCGUGUUUUUCCGCCUAAUCAUAACGGCUCGCAAAGAUCAGGAACGCCAAAACCGAAGACAUCGAUUGGAAGCGGAAUGAAAUCUGUACCAAGAAUCCAAAGGCAAAGUCGAGGCGUUCGCGAGAAUUCUUCUGGCUACGAUAGCUCGGAUAACGAGACGUCGACGAACUAUAAAUACAGCAGAAAAUACCGAUCUGAUCCGGACUUCAGAAUGCAAAAUCUACAUCCUUCUUAUCAGCACGCUACAGGAGUACCCCUUGUUGCGAUGCACCAAGCGGGUAUACAAGGGAGAGAGUCACAUUGGACAAAUCCGAGACACAAGUCACACAGUGAGGCAAAUCUUCUUGGGAUUGACUCUAGACCUAAUAGAUCAUAUAAUAAUAGAAGAAACAGCGUUGCAGAUUAUGGCCCGGACAAUGAUCAUCAAAGUUACCUCAUGCCCUCAUCCCAUCUCGGUGGACGAAUGUCCAAGGCCGGCAGUCACAUGUCAUUGGCACAGUCGCGGAAACACUCCACCCUCAGACCGGGGGAUCAUUUAGAUGGAUACACGCAUUCGGCGUACAUUUACCCCAAUUAUUAUGUUAAUAGUUUAGAAAUAACGUCACCCGAAAAUAGCUCAACACUGCUCGUUUCAGGAUUGAGUUUUGAAGUUAAAUCAGGCGAAAUACUAGCGGUGCUAGCGACAUCGCACCCUGAAGCUACUGGAUUAUUAGAUGUAUUAGCUGGAGCAAGAAAGAAACUGACAGGAGAUAUAGUUCUCAACGGUCAGCCCGUCGCGUCGUCUACCCUCCGUAAAGUAGCGGCGUAUGUCAGAAAGGACACGUCUCUAUGCUCUGCAAUGACUGUCGAGCACACCCUGAGGUUCCACGCUGCGUUGCGGAAACCAAGGCACAAUAAUAACCAAAUGAAGAUGGACGAUAGAGAUCGGAUAAACUUAUUAAUAGAAGAAUUGGGAUUAGAACAAGUUCGAGACACAAACGUGGGACGUCUAACUCGGUCUGAAAUCAGACGGUUAAAUGUAGCUUGCCAACUUUUACUCGACAUGGCAGUUUUGAUCUUGGACCAGCCGACUAAGGAGAUGGACAUUUUUGAUACCUUCUUCUUAGUGGAGUAUUUAAGAAACUGGGCGAGUACCGGCAGAGUUGUCAUAAUGUCUUUACACCCGCCUACUUAUGAAAUUUUUGCGAUGUUAACAAAGGUUGUUCUAAUAUCGGCUGGCCGGACGAUGUUUAGUGGAUAUAGAAGGGAUAUGUUGCCAUAUUUUGCCUCAAUAGAUUACCCAUGCCCUGCUUUUAAGAAUCCUUCGGAUUACUAUUUGGAUCUCGUGACAUUAGACGAUCUAUCAGCUGCAGCAAUGUUGGAGUCAUCGGGUCGUAUAGAAGCCUUAGCAGGUGUUUUCGCUGGCGCGCAAUCCGCACCUGAACCUCCUCCACCAGUUCCUUUACCCGCACCCGUCACACGACCAAAUGUAUUGUUACAGGCGUUUGCAUUGUUCGAAAAAAGUUUACUAUACACCCAAAUGACUACAUUAUCGAAUGUUAUCACCAGAGUGAUAAUAGCAGCGGUUAUAUCUCUCGUCACAGGAACUAUCUUUUGGGAUUUACCUUCAACAGACACUAAAUUAACCCAAAACGACCGUAUCGGCUUCCAUUACGCAGUGAUGUGUUUAUCCGCGUGGCCCAUUCUGCUGUGGCUGAGCGCGCGUGAGGCGAGCUCGAUACGACGACACGUGGAGAGAGAUAUCGCUGUUGGCCUGUAUUCUAGGACUAUGUUUAUAUUGUUUGAUCAAUUCUUGGAAGUGUGGUCGGCGAUAUUGACCUGGUUAGCAUAUUUAGUUCCGAGCUACGCUAUGAGCGGCUUGUAUGCGCAGUCCCCGGGAUCGUUCGACGGAUUCUAUAUUUAUUUAGGUUACAUGCUGUUAUACCUCAUAAGCAUACAAAUGCUGUGUCGUGCAGCAAUAUUCCUAGUGCCAAUGGAGAAAACCGCUUCCAUUUUAGCCGGUUUCUGUCUCUUACUCACAACUCUAGUAAACGGCGUGAUGGUACACCAGCAGGACUUGCCGGCGUAUGUCAAAUGGUUGGAGUUUGUGUCGCCAUCUAGAUGGGCCUUGCCGGAGAUUUUGAGGAGAGAACUGAGUGAGAUCGCCCUCAAGAGCAGCAUAAGCAAAGACCUGAGGUGUACGAAUAAACAGAGACAGCAUCUAGACAUAAUAGUACAAUCGCCGUGCCCCCCUCCGAACGGCACCCAGGUGUUAUCCAACAUCGACUACCUACGUGCCAAUAAUCUAUGGGAAACUACUGAAGACACGUUCCUCAUCGCGUUGGCAAUUUUCUACGCAGUUUUCGCCUUACUCGCGAUCAUUGCGUUCGUUUUCGAUUGCACGAAGUAUGUUAGGAGCAAAGAAAAGUCUUUGAGGAAAGGUCAUAAAGUAACCGUUAAUACUCCUUAGAGACGGUGCUGUUUUUUUUUUAAUAAUUCCGCCGAUAUUGGUGCUACUUUAAACUUUAUAGUUGGCUGAUUUUCUUUGUUCAAUUUUCUAUAUUUACAUAGUAUAAAACGAAGUCGCUCACGCUGUUUGUACGCUUAUAUCUUCUAAACUUAGAAACGGAUUUUAUUGCGAUUUUCAGCAAUAGAUAGAAUUUUAGGUAUAUAUGCAUAUUAUACUAAAGACAAGAAAUUCAAAGAACUGUAAUGUGAUGUCGUAACAAAAAAAUUUACGACCUCCGUUGCGCUCAGUGAACGCUAUGAAUUUAAGUAGGAGGUCCCGGUUCCGAUUACCGGCAGGGUCAUUCGGAAAUAUAAUUUUUAGAAUUUUCUCUGGUCUGGCCUGGUGGGAGGCUUUGGGCGUGGC